AUGGCAAGAGCCUCUCCUGCACUAAGAGGCUUUGUGCAAGCAUUCAGCCAUCCUAGUACUAGCAUAACAGCUGCAACUAUACCGGCCUUUCUGGCCCCAGCAAUCGUGCAGGAACGUAGGAAUCCCAAGGGGACCCAAAGGCUGAAGUAUCUUGGCUCCCGAAGACACGCAUCGGUUACCGCAUCUCAAUACUCGACCGAGAACAGCAUUGAUAGUCACGCCAAUAGCAAGCGUGGCCUGCCGCUUGAGGUAGAGGGUCUCGUCUCUUCCCCACGCCGAAUAAAACCCGCAGCAUGGGCCACCGCUAUUGAAUCGUACCUUCCUCAGAACCUACAUCAGGGGCCCGAGAAUACUGCUGAGGAAGUGAUCCAACAUGAAGUCCUACGACCAAUUCACACUUUGCCAGAGGUUCUGUCCAUGGCAAGAUCGUACUGCAAAGCGGAUCUUUUAAGCUAUAUUGGUGUAUAUCAGGAGCGAUGGGAAGUAGUGAUUUGGCUGGUCAAGGCUAUGAUGGGAAAAUACCCGGGUCAUAUAGAGAUGGAGAGGAGCUCGAGCCAGCUGCCACCACUGCUGUGGCGGACCGCUGAGCAAAGUCUGGAUGAGGUCACAGGCAACGCAAUACAAGUUGAAAUGCCUCAGCCCUCAGAUGUGUCAGGGGGGCGCAACGGCUGGUAUGGCCGCUUGUCUCUUGAUCAAUAUCCUUGGCCAUAUAUGUCAGAUCGGUGGGAUGACCCUCACAUUCUAAGGCGUAAGAGCCUUGGACAAAUAUGGCAGAGCCUGGGUACAAUGAUCCUACAGGCAGCAGAUCGUCCAGCGGAGGAUUCUAGUUACAGCGUUAUUAUGUCUCACGUCUUUCAGAUUCUAGGACAUUUACAUCGCAUUAAUGCAUUACCUGAUUCGAUUUACAAUUAUGCUCCCCCAACAGAUCCGACUGUCCUCCAACGCCCGCCAACUUUACAUCUGCUGUCAAGGCGUAUCAUGAGCACAUUGUCGGAUGUUGAAUGGGGACUCCAAUGGGAAGAGACGAUCGCAAAGGCUAUGUCUCAAGGAUAUGAACUACCCAAGGUUAGCGUGCAGCCAAAAAUCCGCGAAUUUGGGCCCGAGUUGUGGCUAGACCUCGUCCUAUGGGCCUGCGUCGAAGGUGGUUGGGUCAGUGAAGGAGCUUGGAUAGUCAUCGAAAUGGAAAGACGAACAACAUCCAAGGAUGCACGGUGGUCCACUAUCAGCUGGCCGGAGAUCUGCGAGAUGAAAGCACCGAAGCUUGACUGGACGUCCAUCUUGAGGUUAGAGAUCGACAAAACACGUUUGAAUCAGGUAGGCGGUAUUGGAAUAGCGACCGGCACGAACUCACAUGUUGAGAUGGGUGCCCGCACAGUCAGUCGAGAAGUUAUAUUAGCUCUCAUAGAUGGCUUGCUCAACGGCCCCCAGUCUACUGCCGGAGGCCUUGUUAUGACCGUUGUCGAGCUUCGACGGAGUAUAAUCGCAUGUAAAAGCUUGCUGGACCAUAAUCAUCCGGAGCUUGAGAGCAACUUCAUGGACGCUACCAUCCUACGGGUCUUUGAAUCCUUUGGGAAUGUCAAAGAGCAGCCCGGAAUGCUCAACAGGUUUCUGGACUUGCGGGUCACCCAGCCCAAGCAGGUGACUCGCAGUUCUGGCACGAAAAGCUCGGCUCAGGACCAGGAGAUAGACUAUUCUGCGGCUGCUCUAGGCUUACGUCACAGAAACCUUCACCGUUUCUCGAUUGAUGGAAAUCUUCGAGGAAGCCUUCAGACAUUCAGGAAGAUCCAAAGCACUAUUGAUACACAGCGUGAAGAGAGAAUUCUCACCUUUGCGGACGAGUUGAGGGAACGACUUGGAAGAGGCGAUGAUGUUUCAGACCUCUUUGGAGACACAGAGAACUAUGUAGCACUUAUUCAACCUCCCCCAAUCCCGUCGAGCAUUCUGGCUUCCUUCAUAGACCUCAUCACAAAAAGUAGGUUGUUCGAUCUAGGGAAUUGGCUCCUUUUGAAUGAAGACAUCGACGGAGGUCUUAUGGAUCCGGCCCUCUAUUCCGAUCAGAACUUACAGCCAGCGCUCCUCCGAUUUGGAACAGCAACAUCAGAUUCUCGUCUACUCACAAAGAUCCUCGUAGAACUGGAGACACCAUUCUCGGAGCCGGUUGUUCAUGCCCUCUUGCGUUACCAGGUUGUCUUAGGAAGAUGGUCAGCUGUCGAAGAAUUGCUAGAGUACCUCAAAAACACACCAGACAUGGCAUGGAAGCCUAGCGAUGCUACCACGAUUGCAAAAACCAUCUUGCAGUUGGAGCACGAGCAGUCAGACAAUGCCAACACUGCCUCAGUUCCAAGAGCGCUCGCCCUUGUACAGAAUUUGGUCAAUGGCAAAUACAAUUCCAAGGCUGACCCUUCGCAGCUAUUACCCGACUUCUCUCAAAUGAGGAUGGCCAACCAGCUUGGUCGGAUACUUCAAACACUACCUGGGAGCUUGAGCAGGAUUACCACCAGACCUGCCGGAGAAGAUUCUCGAGCGCAUGCUAGUGCUGAUGUUACGCCUUAUGCUUUCAACAUCAUUCUAGAGGCCAUCGUGGAUCGCUACGGAAGCCUUGCAGGUAAGAGGCUGUGGGAGCAAUGGUGUCGUGCGCCCAACAUCCGGAAGCAAAAGCAGCAAUCGCGCUCAUCUCGUGGAGGUCGCGAAAGAGUGGUGACUCCAGCGCUCUACAUGCUCCGCAGUAUCCUGCGACCAGCCUUGGAGAUCAAACGGGCUCUACACGUGGCCAGGAAGGAAGAAUUGAUAAAGACGCAAGAGGCAAAGACGGCAACCCUUAACCACCAAGGAGAUCCAGGCUCCGUAGAUGGGGCCGCCAAUGAGAAAUUUCGACUCGGUGACGAAGACCAGAAGGUUCUCGACUGGGGCAUCAGCAUGUACAAGAGGUUUGGCCUGUCGGAACAUGAGAUCAACGGCGAGAUCCCGGGAUCUUUCCCUCGGCCUGGGAGGGUGAAGGCCGUGCAAGACGGGGAUGCUGUAGAUAUUUGA